GUCUUCCAACCCCUCCACCUGGUUGUUCUAUGUGAAGGCUUCGCCAGGUAGGAGCCUGGUUGGUAAGGCUCAUCCAGGGUGGUUCCCGGUCGUGAGCCCAACACCAAGUGAACCUUAGAUGGGGCACGUGGAUUCUUCGUCUUUGCGUCCCUAGUCAUGUUGGCCACUCCAGUGGCGUCCCACGAUCGGCUCUGGUCGCCCCGGCUCAAGUACCGUAUGGCACCGUUGGGGCCCAUCAUUGUCCCGGCAGUGUCGUUCACCGAUGGAGACCACAAGUGGUGUCAAAAGGGCGUCGUCUCCUGAACCCCACGAGACCGUGAAACGGCGACCACGUGAAAGCGAGGAAUGGCACUCUGCACCGCCCGAGAAGGCCGCGGAGGUGGCGGAGCGCAUUGGCGGUGCAGACCGUUGUGCGGUGGGUAUUUGCAGAGACUUCGUCGCAAGCCGCUGGGAAAAGCUGCUGCCAUGGGCGCAGAAAUUGUGUGCUUUUGGUGACGCCGCAAAGGAUGAGCUAUGGUAUUGGGAAGGUUAUAAGGCAAAGCCCAACGAGCCUCCCCGCGAGCAGUUUUGCCGUCAAAUUCGGCAAGACUUCAAGAACUUCCAGCACGAACUCGUGGAGGAAGGCUACUCAGAGGAAGACGCCAAUGCGGUCACAUCAAGUGAUGUGGCUGACUCUUUCUGUGACCUCGUUCUUGCUCUCUUGGACUUGAUGCCAGUGGCCGCCGAGGGACGUUGCUUCUCCUUGCGUGUGGAGAUUAAUCAAGAGGGCCGGCUGAAAUUCCAUGAUGAACGUGCUCUCACCACGAUGAGGCUUCAAGUCCCCUUGCACGGACCAGGCCCCAUUCUGGCCAUGCCUUCAGAGGUGAACUGGGAUGUCUGGGAUGCGGCCUAUGGGCUCCUAAACCAGACUGAAGAGAUCGACCUUUCAGCGAUCCAAGAAUGGAAUCGGAAGAUUCUUUGCAAAGCAGAUGGCUCGAUGAGUACUCCAGAAGGAAGCCUCAUUCUACUGAAGGGUGGUGAGUCAAAGAAUCGCCCACCACUGCAGAGGUUCGCAUAUCCGGGCGAAGUGGAGACCAAGCUUCUUCUGACCUUGGACCAGAUUCCAGAAGCCGUCAAGGAUCAGCAGAUUGAUCUGCAUAUGCAAGGGGAAGAAUCCGAGGAAGAGGAGGAGGAUGUGCCAGACUGAUACAUCAAAGGCCCCAAUCUCCAGAAACAGGUGGAUCCUGAAGCAGCUGAAGUCGAUGAGUUCCCCCGGGUGGAUCGCGCCGGAAGGGUCGCCAUGGAUCACAGCAGCGCGGUGGGAG